GGCCUGUCGCCGACCAUGCCGCUGGAUCACCGCCGCCUGCGCGGCCCGGAGGAGUCGCAGCCGCCGACGCUGUGGGCAGCGACCGCGGCCGAGGAUGAUGAGGAGGAGGGCGCGGGGGCGGCGCCGCGGGACCCCUGCGCCCUGCGGCCGCUGUUCGCGCGGGCCGGGCUGCUGAGCCAGGCGCAGGGUUCGGCCUACGUGGAGCUGGGCAGCGGCACCAAGGUGCUCUGCGCCGCCUGGGGCCCGCGGGAGGCGGCCGAGCCCGGGCCGGGCCGGCUGCUCUGCGAGUUCCGCCGGGCGCCGUUCGCGGGGCGCGGGGCGCGGGGCCGGCCGGGAGCGGCGGCGGAACGGGAGGCGGAGCGGGAGGCGGCGGCGGCGCUGCGGGAGGCGCUGGAGCCGGCGGUGCGGCUGGGCCGCUACCCGCGGGCUCGGCUGGCCGUCAGCGCGCUGCUGCUGCAGGACGGGGGCUCGGCGCUGGCCGCUGCCGUCAGCGCCGCCGCCCUGGCGCUGGCGGACGCGGGAGUGGAGAUGUACGAUCUGGCCGUGGGCUGCGCGCUGAGCCGGCCGCCCGCUCCCGCCGCCUCAUGGAUGCUGCAGCCCGCCGAGCCCGAGGAGCGCCGCGCCGCCGCUCGCCUCACGCUGGCCCUGCUGCCCGCCCUCAACCAGGUGUCGGCCGUGCUGGGCGGCGGCCGGGGCGGCCCGCCCGAGGACUGGGCGCAAGCCCUGCGGCUCGGGCUCGAUGGCUGCCACCGGCAGUACCCGGUGCUGCGGCAGAGCCUGCUGCGGGCCGCCCAGCGCCGCGAUGCUGCCGCCGCUGCCACCACCGCCGCCUCCGCCACCAGUGCCUGAGUGCCCGUGAGAGCUGCGUUCGCCAGGCUGGGGAUGGGGCAUCUCCCAGAGCCCGCCCAAGCUGCUUUCAAUGCUGCCGGAGACCCCUGGAGCCUGCCUGAACCACACGUCACUGUUGUGGAUUAAAAUAAGUUUACUUUUAGAAUCUUAGAAGUUUAUUAAGUUGAAGAUUAAUUGUAACUGUGGUGAAGCCCCAGACCCAGCCCGAUCCGUGCCUCUGCUUCUGGAGACUGGAUGAGCCAGCCUUUGCACUCCUCGUGCUGCCCGCACAGCUGGAGGCCCAAGAACUGUGCUCAAGAAAUCUGCACGCCCCCCACACAAUGCCCAAGCACCCCGGAGUGCAUCUGAGAAGUCCUUGUGUUGCAGGACACCAUUCCUGACUGGCACCGUGGGAUCCAAACAGCCUUGCGCGCUGCUGAAGCCCCUGAAGAGCAACUUCCAUACUGCCUCUGCAGCCAGAUGCUGCCCGAGACCUCCCUCCCAGCAAUUGCUGCUACUCUAGUCCCCCACAUCUCACCUCAGGGUGUUCACAGCACCAGGCUGAAACCCUCACUUGAAGUCUCCACCAUACCCAUGUGUGCAGGCAGCAUCUAGUCAGCACCAGGCAGGACCUGUGUCAUGGCAUGGACUGCACAUCCCUUGGACUUCUUGCCCAGGCAGUG